UGGCUGAGGACAGAUUAACAUGUUAGCGCGAUUGCUUGUAUCUCGGUAGACUAGCAGGAAAUCGCCAACGAUAAGUCGACAGCAACAGCAUAUAUCUUCUCCUGCAGCUUUCCAUUGGCUUCCUGUUAUUCGAUGACAUUUUAACAGUGUGUGCUUAGUACGGUGAUUCACAGUGCACAAUUGUGUGAAUUACCAAUGUAGGAACUUGCUUGUGAAACCAUGUUGUCAGACAAUACUGUCAGUAGACUCGUUAUCUUGAGCAUAUUAUUCUUGAUUUUGUGGCCCUAUUCGACUUUUGGGGCUCAUUUGUGUUCCGACUAUAGUGGGCAAUCUUUUACACCCCUCAAUUUUCUAGUUGGCACAUGCAGCGUCAAAGAGAAGCUUGUACCCUACUUAGAUCUUCUGACUGAUAACUUCUUAACGGCUAAUAACUCAAAAGAAGUUUACCCGAUCCUCGAGGAAUAUCGACACCGCAUUCAAGUUCUGGCAAGCGGCAGUUUCUGCUCGGAUCUUCAAAAGGGUGUCGGCUACAAUCGUUGGGAAGAGCUGAACUCGGCAAAGUUCACCCCCGAUGAUUUUUUCAACCAACUACUAUGUUAUCGAACACUGAUCCGUUUAUUCGUCGAAGUCGAUUCUUCUCCACAAGAACUUCACGCCGUCUCUACUAAAUCUAUGGCUGCCCUUCGGUGGAUUGUGGACCAAUCUGGGCGACUCCAAACAGCGAUCUAUCAUGAGUAUCGCGCAAUGCGCGAAGGACAUUCAGAGCCUUAAUGAUCAAUGCAUAAUCUAUCUCAUAUGUAACAUAUCAACUGUACUCGACAAAAAACUCGGCAAAACAUGAAUACCUAAUGCUCAAAAUGUAUUUGAGAAGUUAAGAUUGGAAGUGUCCGAGACAAAGUUGAUUUGUUCAAUAAAAUACAUUAAUAAUAAUAAUAAAAUAAAUUCGUACAAAAUGGC